AAUCACUUCCGGUCGAGCCUGCACGGUGACGGAUGCGGGCUGCUGUAUUGUAGUGCAUAUCCGAGCUGUGGGGCUUUGCAGCGUGAACGCUGAUCUAUUGCAACCCAUAAACCCGAGCAUGCUGCAGCCAGCCCGGGCACCGCACAGCGCGCAGCCGGAGGAGCUCGGAGCUGCACGGUGAAGCCGGCACGCUCAGGGGAGACUGCGUGAGAGAGGCGUGCUCAAGUUUAGCGCCAUUCCGCCCGGACAAAACAAUAGGGACUGCAAUAAUAUACCAGUGGAGGGAAGAGGAGUCUGCACGGGUCGGGGCAAGAUGGGAAGAUAGGCACCCCGGCUGGGGCUUUAUAUUACUGAGCGUCAUCACCUGGGACGCUCGUGGAGGACCAUGGCGGACCAUCGAAGAGCAGAACCACAGUGAGCUGAAACCUCGCGUCACGAGCGAGCAGGAAUCCCGUGCAGCUCCUCCUUCAUCAUCAUCAUCAUCAUCAUCAUCAGAGUAAUCAUCAGAAUUCUCUGCUGCUCUGCACGCGGAAAGGAAUACCAAAAAAACUCUGCAGACUUCCAGACUCUCCUCCCCGUUCGCCCCCCCCCCCUCCCCGCCUCCCCGUUUUGCAUGCAGAUGUCAGUUUUAAAUCAACCGCAAGAACAGCAGCAGCAGCCCCCCCCCCCCGCCAUGCCGCUGCCCGCGCCCCCCAGCAAAGCGUACCGCUGCCACAUGUGCGAGGAGAGCUUCAGCGCCAUGGGGCUGCUCAUCGGGCACCAGUCUGCGCACGCCGGCCAGGGGCUGCUGUUCUGCGGGAAGUGCGAGGGUCUCUUCUCCUGCCGGGACCAGCUGGAGCAGCACCCCUGCACCUCCUGCACCUUCAUCUGCACCUGCGGCAACGGCUUCCCCCAGUACCCGGCCCUGCUGGAGCACAUGCGCUCCCACGACGAGGGGCUGCCCCCGGGGUACCCCGGCCCGGCCACGCAGGCCCGCUGCGCCGACACCGCCAGCUCCCACACGCUGGUGAACGACUUGGUGAAGCAGAGGCAGCAGGAGAAGGGGGCUGGGAGAGGAGGAGGGGCUCCUGCGGGCUUCGGAGAGAUGGUCGACCUGAAGCUGCGGUUUCUCCCUGUGGUCAGUAUCAGGCGCCAGGAGGAGGAGGAGGGGGGUGGCGCCGGGAGGAGGAGGAGCCACAAGUGCGGCGCCUGCAGCUGGACCUUCGUCAGCCUGGACUUGCUGAUCGAGCACCACGCCAGCCACGGCGAGGACGCGGUGUACGGCUGCCGGAGGUGCGGGAGAGCCGUGAGCAGCAGCGUGCCGCCCGAGAGACACGCCUGCGCCCCGGGGGACCUGCUCGGGACCGGAGGCUCCUUCCGCUUCGACGGCGUGGCGGUCGUGCGGGGGCAGGGGCCGGUGCCGCUGGGCUACGUGGGGGACGUCUGGCACCGCUGCUCCGUGUGCCCCAUGGUGUACCGCCGUCGAGGGGAUCUGGAGAAGCAUCAGAUCUCCCAUUGGGACAGCAAGCCCUUCCGCUGCCACAGGUGCAUGAAGUUCUACCUGCGGGAGUACAGCCUGCGGAAACACAGGUGCCCCGUGAGCGAAGGAGACGUGGGGCGGAGUCCGGGGCCCGGCAGCCUGCCCGUCGGCCUCAGUCACCGCGUGGAGCAGACCGUGUUCAUUUACAAACGCGGCGAGGGGGCGGGGCCCGGCGGGCUGGCCCGCGGCGCCGAGGAAGUGAGCCGUCCGGUCGAAGUGACGUUCCGGGAAACGCAGAACCUGACCCAGCCGCAGCCCCUCACCCUGACCCAGCCGCAGCCCCUCACCCUGACCCAGCUUGAACCGCAGCCCUUCCCUCCUCUCCAGCCCCAGCCUGAGCCUCGACCGCUGCUUCUGAUCCAGUCUCCGCUCCAGCCUCAGCUCCUGCCUCAGACCCUACCUCACUUGCAGCCUCAGCUCUGGCCUCCGCUCCUUUCUCAUUUCCAGCCCCUACCUCAGCCCCAGCUCCAAUACCAGCGCCGGUCUCCGCUCCCGCCCCUGAGCCAGACCAGCAGGGAGCUGCCCGUUGACCCGCCGAGUCAGGGCUGCGUCCGAGCGAAGGGGCCCAGCUGGUUGGACCCCAAGGCCCGGCUGCUGAUCCACCGCGACGCAGCGUUCCCAAUCCCAGACGAACCCAAGCCCGAGCCUGAAUCCGACCCCGAAUCGGAGCCCGAGACGCUGGCGCCGCUGGCCCUGGAGGAUGAUUUCGUGUUCCGCGCGGCACGCGGGGCGAGGACAUACCAGCGCGGAGACGGCAGUGGCGGCUUCUCCCGGUCCUUCAUGAUACCGGAACCGGAACCGGAGUCGGAGCGGAGCAGCGGCGAGGAGGGGGCGGGGGGGCGACCGCCGGAGGAAGAGGAGGAGGAGGAGGAGGAGGAGGAGGAGGAAGAGGGAUCGGAGCCCCCUCCCACCCCGACCAAGAGGAAACUGGAGCUGCAGUUCUCAGAUGAGGAGGAUGACGACUGCGUGAUCAUCGAGCCCAACCAGAAGAAGAACGAAGAGGAGGAGGAGGAAUCUCAAAACCCCCAAACUCUUCCAGCCCCCCGGGGCUGCAACGGCACGGACUCCCGGGAAGUGGAUCCGCACGCGGGGUCCCGCGACCAGGAGGAGGAGGAGCUGAGCCCCGGGCAGGAGCAGCGCAGCGAGGGCCCCGGAUCCCGGAGGCUGGAGCCGGAGUGCGGGAAGAAUCCGAACCAGAAGGGGCGCUUCCUCCCCGCGAUCCGGGAUGAGGGGCGGCAGGAGGAAGAGGAGGGUGAGAAGGCGCCGAGCAAGAAGACAAGCGAGCCCGGAGUCAAGGAGCCGUCUGUAAAACCGACGCAGGGAGGGGAGGGAGGGGGGAAACCUGCAGGAGACGGCAGCCCCCCCCAAGAGGAAACUGGAGCUGGAGUUUUCAGAGGAGGAGGAGGAAGAGGAAGAGGACUGCGUGAUCGUCGAGCCGAACCACAAGAAGAUGAAGAGCGAGGCGGAGAGGGAGAAGGCGGACCCUCAGCCCGCUGAAACCCUCCCGGCCCCUCGGGGCAGCAACGGCACGGACUCCCGGGAGGCUGUUCACCGUCCUCGUCACCAGCAGCCCCAGCGGCCCGUCCAGAGCUUCCGCUGCCUGCUCUGCGGGAGCCUCUUCCCCCAGCCCCAGGCCCUCACCCUG